UCAAGGGUCGAAGUCUCAGCGGCGAUUAGUCGAGAAAAUCGCUCCUCCCCCUCUUUUUUUUUUUUUCUUCAAAAUCUAUUCUUGAAAGCUUUCCAAAAAAAAUAAUUCUUCACCAUGUCCACCAAAAUCAAAGCCAUACCACACAAAUCCUGUUGUGUUCAUACAAAAAAAAACAUUCCAAAAGAUCUCGAAAUCGAGGACUCACCAAAAUCACUUUCAUCAUCAUUCAGCAGUGCUAAAAGUAAAAAACAAAUUUUACCAUUUUUCCCCCCCGCAUUAAAAUGUGUCAAGAAAAAGUGCAUCAAUGUGAUUCGAAUAGUUCACGCAACUUACAAUCAUUUGCAAAACAGAAGAAGAAUAGCCAAGAAGAUGGCUAAACAACAACGUUCAAUGGCAGCUUUUAAGGAAGGACUUUCAACUUUUUCUUUUUGCUCCUCCGAUGAAGAUGAUGAAGACGAAGACGAAGAAGAUUCAUUCGAAAAUUUUAUCUCUUCAACUCAUGAUUCGAACAAUAAUUUAAUUUCAACUCUACCGGAAAAUUUGCAACUUGAUAAAUUUCUCCAAUUGUUGAAACGAAUGGAGAACAAGGAUCAUCAAAUUUCAUCGAGGAACUCAAUCAAUCCAUCAACAUUCAAUCAAUCCAUCCAUCCAGUGAAUAAAAAUGCUCCUAAAAAAUACCUAAAAUUAAUAUCAUUUCCCCUCGAUAAUAUCGAAAAAUCAGAACAAUUUCUGAUUGAUAAUGAUAAGAAAAUUAGGAGAGAUUUUUGUGUUGUGAAAUCGUCAGUGACUUGUAAAUAUCCAACGAAAUUUAAUAAAGUUUUAUUGAAUCAUAGAAGUGGUUGUGUUGUCACGGACAAUUUUGAGAGGGAGAAGAAUAAAGAAACUGUUGAUGCGAAUCCUUUUCCAAAUUUUGAUAUUUGUAGGGGUUUUCAAUUUGUCAGCAUUACAAGAGAGAGUGAUAAAUUUUGUGAAUUGAAGGUGAACAAGCCGGAAAUGUCUCUUGUUACUAAUUAUCAAAGAAUUAAUUUGAUGAGAAAUUUGGAACCAAUUGUCGGUGAAGAUCAAGGGGAGAAGAAGAUGAAGGAGCCAUUUUUGACAUAGUUCUCAAUUUUUUGUUCAGCAAGCACGAGGCAAAGAAAAAUCAACAUCAAAAAUAAUUGUACACAGGAAGGAAUAAUCAUCAUGUUCGUGUAAACAAAAAUUUGGACGAGUAUUUCCACCAAAAUGUUUUCUAGUCUUUUUACUGGCAGUUCAUUCUCAAAUAGCAAUAUAAAUUUUUUGCAAUUUAUUUUUAAUAAAAAUUACUGUCAUUUGUAAAUAAAUUCUUUUACCAAAUAAUAUUCCAAACGAAACUUUCUGUAUUUUCUACAAUAUGUCAAUA